GGAGAGUGGCUGGCUUGUGUCCAACCUCCUCUCCCUGCGUAUCAGGCCAGGGUAGCCACAGCAUAGAGGCAGGAGCUUCUGAACUAUUACUCCUAGUUUUGAUGCUAUCAGUUAGGCCACUACUUCCUCAAAUGGAACUCUUGGGACUUCUACCAUUCAUGGUACCAUCCAUCCUCUUGAGAGGUGUCAGAGACCCUGGGCUGGUUGAGGGAUUCUUCUUAAGGUCAUGUCCUCAUAUCAGAGUAAAGUGUGAAAUCCAAGAACUGAACCAAUGUCGGAAGAGCACCCAGUGCCCGGACAGAAUGAAGUGUUGCUGGUUCAGCUGUGGAAAGAAAUGUAUAGACAUCUCAGAAGGUGCCUCCCAGUCCUACCCCUCCUCCUGGAUCACGGAGAUGUGGCUGUAG